CCCCAUGGGUCACUGGCAGUAACAUCAGCCCACUCUAUCUUAAUUGCCCUGUCGUCCACACCCUUCUUAGUAAUUACUGACUCACCGGUGUAACCUGAACGUUAUUGGGAUUAAUUUACUAACACCCAGUUCCGGUACAAUGGAUUAUGGGAUAAGUAGUUUACCGAAAUACUAAAGUUCCACCAGGAGAUAUGUGCUCUAUGAUCCUCCCAUCUAGUUCCAUUGAGGUAGAGAGGAAGUUUGUCCCAGGUCCAGAUGUGGAGGGACGCUUGCAUGACUUGGGAGCAGUGCUACUGAAGGAACUGGUAUUUUGUGAUUCUUACUAUGACAGUCCUGACCUCCUACUGACCACAAGGGAUCUCUGGUUGAGAAAGAGAGAUCAUAGCUGGGAGUUGAAGCACCCACCUAAGAGGGGGACACUGGGAUUGAGUGGAGCCUCUACCCAAUACAGGGAGGUAAACUGUGAGGCUGAAAUAAUCAGUCGUGUAAGUGAGGAGCUAGGAGUUCCAUGUCCUCUCAGUCUGGAUUCUCUUCCAUUGCAAGAGUUUGCUACUUUUGUUACAAGAAGGCGAAGGUUCCAGAUACCGCAAAGUGGAGAUUCUCGCCAUUCAGUGAUUGUAGAUUUGGACAUGGCAGAUUUUGGUUUUGAAGUUGGAGAGGUGGAGGUCCUGGUGGAUACACAGGAUGAAGUAGAAAAUGCCCUGCAGGAAGUGGAAGAGAUUUGCAAGAAGAUGGGUGUGCUCAGUGAUUCUCCUGUUCCAGGAAAAAUGUCAACGUUUCUUCGUUUGAACAGAACAGAGCAUUAUAAUCGCCUACGUGAGGCCCAUGUGCUGUGAGAAUUUAAAGGGACAGUAUACACCAAUUCUCAUUUAACUGCAUGUAAUAGACACUACUAUAAAGAAUAAUAUGCACAGAUACUGAUUUAAAAUUUAGUAUAAAACCUUUUAAAAACUUACCUAGAUGCUCCCAAUUUAGCACUGUUGAUUAGGUUAGACAGGGACACCCACUGAAAGGGGCUGAGAGCAAACCUUCCCCCAACAUAUGAAAAGACCCAUUAUACAAACAGAAGCAAUCUUUAGUCUGUAUACAUCUAAAACUUUGGGGUUUGGUUAGGAGUCUGAAAAUCAGCAUGUUAUUUAAAAAUAAGCAAAACUAUACAUUUUUAUAAAAUCACACCCAGAUGGGCUAUACAAAUGGAUCAUCUACAAAACAUUUAUGCAAAGAAAAAUCUAGUGUACAAUGUCCCUUUUUAAAGGGCCAGUCCCAGAAUGUUUAUUGUUUAAAAAGAUAGAUAAUCCCUUUAUUACCCAUUCCCCAGUUAUGCACAACCAACACGGUUAUAUAAAUAUACUUUUUACCUCUGUGAUUACCUAGUAUUUAAGCUUCCACAGACUGCCCCCUUAUUUCACUUCUUUUGAUAGACUUGCAUUUUAGCCAAUCAGUGCUGACUCAUAACUUCAAGCGAGUGAGCAUGUUAUCUAAAUGGCACACAUGAACUAGCGCUGUGUAGUUGUGAAAAACUGUCAAAAUGCACUAAGAUAAGAGGCAGCCUUCAAGGGCUUAGAAAUUAGCAUAUGAGCCUACCUAGGUUUAGCUUUCAACAACAAAUACCAAGAAAACAAAGCAAAUUUGAUGAGUUGUUUAAAAUUGCAUGCCCUAUCUGAAUCAUGACAGUUUAAUUUCAACUAGACUGUCCCUUUGAAGUUGCAGCUAUCCUUUCUCUUUGACCCUGUCCAAAUGGAGUCUCCCAGCCUAGUGUUAACAUUUCUUAGAGAUUUCAGUUGUUUCAACAGACAAUCUCUGAUCCUGCAAAACAGAUGACUUGUAAUUGUUUUAUUGCAGCUAAUUUCCUCAUUCCAGGAGCAAAUCAUUUAAUUUUUGCUACCAAUGAAUCUUUGUUAAUUUAAUAAACAUCUUUGGCCCAGUG